UAAAUAAGCGUGGUAAUGAGGGGUGCUUCCCGCCAUCCAAAGCCUAAAACCCUAGCCCCGCCGUCAUUAACUCCAAAACCCUCACUCUCUCCGACCACAAUGGGCUCUCAAGCUCCGCCGGCGGCCAAAUCAAACCCCGUCCUAAUUCUAGACUACGGCUCACAGUACACCCACCUCAUCACCCGCCGGAUCCGAAGCCUCUCCGUCUUCUCCCUCUGCAUCAACGGAACCUCCCCUCUCGAGACCAUAACCAAGCUUGAGCCGCGAGUCAUCAUCCUCUCCGGUGGCCCCCACAGCGUCCACGCCGACGGCGCCCCCUCUUUCCCUCCCGGCUUCAUUGAAUACGUCCAGUCCAGAGGCGUGUACGUGCUCGGAAUAUGCUAUGGUCUGCAGCUCAUUGUGCAGCAGCUCGGAGGGAAAGUGAACGUCGGGGAGAAACACGAGUAUGGGCGAAUGGAGAUUGAGGUGGCUAAGGAGGGUUCCGGCUUGUUUGGGAACAAACGCGUUGGGGAUAGGCAGGUGGUUUGGAUGAGCCAUGGGGAUGAGGCCGUGAAAUUGCCCGACGGCUUCGAGGUUGUGGCCAGGAGUCACCAAGGAGCUGUGGCUGCAAUUGAGCAUAGAGAAAGGAGGUUCUAUGGACUGCAGUAUCAUCCCGAGGUUACUCAUUCACCUGAAGGUAUGGAAACACUGCGACAGUUCCUGUUUGAUGUUUGCGGUGUGUCUGCGGACUGGAAGAUGGAAGAUGUUCUAGAGGAAGAAAUUAAAGUUAUUAGGGAGACAGUAGGGCCUGAUGAUCACGUCAUUUGUGCAUUAUCUGGAGGUGUUGAUUCAACUGUAGCAGCUACAAUUGUACACCAGGCUAUUGGGGAUAGGCUUCAUUGUGUGUUUGUUGACAAUGGUCUUUUGAGGUACAAGGAGCAAGAGCGAGUGAUGGAGACCUUUCAAAGGGAUCUCCAUUUACCGGUUACUUGUGUUGAUGCUACAGAGCAAUUUCUCAGCAAACUGAAAGGUGUAGUGGAUCCAGAAAUGAAAAGAAAAAUAAUUGGGAAGGAGUUCAUCUGCAUAUUCGAUAAAUUUGCUCAUGAUUUGGAGCAGAAAUUAGGAAACAGACCUGCAUACUUGGUCCAAGGAACCUUGUAUCCAGAUGUGAUAGAAUCAUGCCCCCCACCAGGAAGUGGAAGAACACACUCCCACACAAUUAAGAGCCAUCACAAUGUUGGAGGGCUUCCCAAAGACAUGAAGCUGAAGCUCAUUGAACCACUCAAACUCCUUUUCAAGGAUGAGGUUCGGGAAUUGGGAAGGCUUUUGAAUAUUCCAGUGGCUUUUGUGAAACGCCAUCCUUUCCCUGGGCCUGGCCUAGCAGUACGAAUUCCAGGCGAUGUCACAGAAGGGAAUGCCUUGGAUAUUCUUCGCCAGGUGGAUGAGAUUUUCAUCCAAUCAAUUAAAGAAGCUGGGAUUUAUGAUGAUAUUUGGCAAGCUUUUGCUGUUUUUUUGCCAGUAAAAACAGUUGGAGUUCAGGGGGAUCAAAGAACACAUUCUCAUGCUGUUGCACUUAGAGCUGUAACUAGUCAAGAUGGAAUGACUGCAGACUGGUACUAUUUUGACUUCAAGUUCCUUGAUGAUGUGUCAAGAAAGAUUUGCAAUAGCGUUCGGGGAGUAAACAGAGUCCUUCUAGAUAUCACUUCUAAGCCUCCAUCAACAAUCGAAUGGGAAUGAUCCUCUAGAAAGGUUUUUAAAUGACUACCAAGAAGUGAGAAACAUUAUACAGCUUUUAAGUAGCAUUUUGUUGCCAAAAGUCAUGUAGUGUUAUGUUUUGUGUGAACACACUUGUGCUUUUUAAUGAAAAUAUGUUUUAAGGUUGUCCUAUGAA